AUGCCAGGCCGUAUGUUGAUUAAAAGCUUUCGGCGCAAGGAUAUCAAAUUGACAUCCAUCACCCACCCUACCCGGAAUAGCGCAUUUGCAUUUGAAGAGGCUCGCGCCAGUAAGACCAGCACUGUCACCGACGAUGGGGUGGAUAAUCCGAAAGGCCCCCUCGGAUUGAAUCUCCUCCACUCUCCCUCGGAGCCUCUCAUCGAUUUCAUUUUCGUGCACGGCCUCGGCGGCGGCUCCAGGAAAACAUGGAGCAAGACGAGCUCGAUUACGCACUAUUGGCCGCAGGAAUGGCUUCCCAAAGAUCCCGCCUUCAAGAAUGUGCGAGUGCACAGCUUUGGGUAUAAUUCAGACUGGGUCAAGAGCAAAGAUAACUGCCUGAACAUCCAUCACUUCGGCAAGUCGUUGCUUGGCGAAAUGAGCACGUCUCCGUAUCUGGGUGAUGCAGACCUGCCAAUCGUGCUCAUAGGUCAUAGCAUGGGAGGCUUGGUUAUCAAGCAAGCCUACAUGCUGGCAAGGCAAGAUCCAGCGUAUGAGACUCUGGCAAAACGAUUUCACACAAUCUACUUCCUUGCAACGCCCCACAGAGGUUCUGAUUCGGCCAAGCUCUUGAACAAUAUCCUUCAGAUCGCCUACUCGACCCGUGCCUACGUUGCAGACCUUGAACGGGGCUCCGGCGCUAUACAAUCUAUCAACGAUGAGUUUCGUAAAUAUUCUGCCGACAUAGAUCUCUGGUCGUUCUACGAGACUCAGAAACUCAGUAUGGGAUUCUUCAGUACCCUCAUUGUUGAUCCUGAUUCGGCUACGCUAGGAUAUCGAGAAGAGAAGCAGAUGCCAAUGAAUGCUGAUCACCGUUCAAUCUGCAAGUUCGAGGCACCAACAGACCCAAACUAUGUAAUCCUUCGCAAUACACUUGCCUCUACGGUUAAGAUGGACCUCGCUAAGGAGUUUGCAGUGCUAAAAUCAAAAGAAAAACUACGGCGCAGCCAGGUUAAGGACCUGCAGAAGUACUUGGGGGUGUCCGAGGACCUAGAAGAUGACCUCAUCACCGUUGAAGAUGCCCGCAUGUCCGGAACAUGCGAAUGGUUCUCAACGAAAAGGAGUUACCUGAAGUGGAGGGACUUUGCCCCAGAUGCUCCAAGUAUACUCUGGGUUAGUGGAAAACCAGCGGCUGGCAAGUCUGUUCUCGCAGGCUAUGUUGUUGAUCAGCUACGAAAACCUAAUGCAAACUGCAGCUAUUUCUUCUUCAAAUACGCGGACAAGUCCAAAUCGCGGCUUAGUACCUGUCUCCGGUCCCUGGCUUUCCAGAUGGCUUGUACGAAUGUGCAAGUUCGAGAGACGCUCUUAGAGAUGCAAAAAGAUGAUAUAGAGUUCAAUAAUGACAACGAACGCACUUUAUGGCGGAAAUUGUUCUUAUCCGGCAUCUUCCAAACGGAAUUUCCCAGGCAUUACUGGGUAAUUGAUGCCCUAGAUGAAUGUGAGGAUUUUACUUCUCUUUUCGAUCUGAUGCUGGCCAAGCUCGAUAAAUCGAUACCGUUAAGAAUCUUAAUCACAAGUCGAGAAACUUCCGAGCUAGAAAAGCGUUUUUCCAAUCUCGACACUCACCUAUUUCAAUCUGAACGGAUCUCAGCAGAGGAUACUCUUCCUGAUAUUAGACUCCUGGUUGAGGCGAAGGUAAAGUCUCUAUUCGUGGAGAACAACGAGGAACCUGCUGCCCUAGUGGAAAAGGUCCUGGAAAAAUCCAAAGGAUCUUUCUUAUGGACGGUCUUGGUUCUUAACGAGUUAUCAAAUUCCCACGGUGAGGAAGAGGUCAACCAAGUUCUCGACGACGUUCCUCGAGAUAUGGAAUCCCUAUAUCGGAGAGCACUGGAAUCAAUGUCACAAGCCACACGCGGGAAGAAGCUCGCUAAAGCAAUUCUCACUUGGGCAACAUGCGCAACAAGGCCGCUGACGAUGAAGGAGCUAGAGGGAGCUUUGAAACUAGAUGUUAAGGACAACUUCCUCAAGCUGGAGGAGAGCAUUGCGGCGCUAUGUGGCCAGCUGGUAACUGUUGACAAGUUUGGCAAAGUGCAGAUGGUGCAUGAGACGGCCAGAGAAUUCCUACUAAACGACGAUUUGGAAUCCGAGUUUGCCAUCAACGAGACAGAGGCACACACGCAGAUCGCUAGAGCAUGUCUCACAUACCUCACCGGUGAGGAGAUGAAACCUCCUCGAACCAGCAGACGUGGUUCUGCCAUGAUUACCGCAGGAAAAAGGGCCGAGUUUUCACUCUAUGUCUGUGCAGCAUUCUCAUAUCAUCUAGCCAAGGCUGAUCCCCUUGCAAACGAUAUAUUGGUUCUUGUCGAUAAGUUUCUGAAGUCGAAUGUCCUGUCGUGGAUAGAGGUUAUUGCCCGAACACAAAAUCUCAUCCCUUUGAUCCGCGCCGCGAAGAACUUCAGGAUAUAUCUCAAUUCGUGUGCCGCGCAACGGUCACCGCUUGACGGGGAAGUUCAAACGAUCAGAGGCUGGACGACGGAUCUCAUCCGUAUUGCAGCGAAGUUUUCUGAUGCUCUCGUAGCAUCACCCUCGGCUAUCUACUCGCUCAUCCUGCCAUUCUGUCCUACGGAGUCUACGGUGUACAAAACCGCAAAACACGGGGGGAGGCUCUCGGUAGUGGGAUUUUCAAAUACUCAGUGGGAUGACCGAAUGUCUUGCAUCGACUUCCACCAGGGCCAGACGAGUGCUGUUUGCCACGGAGAUGAAUUCUUUGCCGUGGGCCUGACUACCGGAAAAGUCGCCCUUUACCAUGCGACAUCCUGCCAAGAAUACAAAGUUCUGAUUCACGGCGAGUUCGUAAGAUUUCUGCAAUUUAAGAGCAAGACGGCUUUGAUGGCAUCUUGCGGCAUGAAGACGAUUCGAAUCUGGGACAUUCAUAGCGGCGAAAUAAUUCACAGUUUCCAAGCCCCGCAACAGCCUAUGGGUCUGGCAUUUGACAGGAACCUGCUAAUAGUCCCAUCCUAUAAGAACUACCUGGCAUCGUGGGAUCUAGACAAUGACGGAGCCCAGCGACCUAACAGGUCGUGGAACGACUCGGGCGAACGCAUGAACACGCCGUCAAAUCGUUCGCCUUGCGCCAUAUCGAUUUCCGUAAGCCACAAAAUGCUGGCUGUCGCUUACAUCGGACGACCGAUAAUGCUUUGGGACCUGGAGGAAGAUAUGUAUUACGGCAGCUGCGGGCUGAAACUGCCUAGUGGUGAAACGAGUACACAUCUGGUCACCGGUCUCGUUUUCAAUCCCAAUCCAACCAUUGACCUUCUCGUCGCGUCUUACCACGAUGGCGAACUCGUACUCCUUGAUCCAUUUGAUGACCGGGUCUUGAAGAGCUUCCGUGCAGACUGUCAUCCGCUCGCGGCCAGCCCAGACGGGCGCCUGCUUGCAGGUGGCGCCGGGUUUGGGAUAAUCCAUAUCUACGAAUUUGACACCCUGAGGUUGCUCUACCGGAUCAAAUCUUCCAACUUCUACAUCAGGCAGCUGGCCUUUAGCAGAGACAGCCUCCACUUUGCCGACAUUAGAGGAUCACAAUGCAACGUCUGGGAGCCCGCGGUCCUGUUUCGGGACUUCGUGGGCGGCGACAGCAAGGAAGGUACAUCCACGUCCUUCGAGUCUGUCGCGUCGGACCCUAAGGUCAAAAUCAGCAUCAGCGCCAUGGUCUUGCAUCCCAAGGGAGAUGUCAUAUUCUGCGGCAAGGAUGACGGGUCAGUCUCCCUGUACGACUUGAAGACUGGAAACCAGCUGCGGAUGCUUUACCGCCACAAGACACUGGUCCGUAUCCUUACUUUGUGGCCACAAAGUAGUAUCAUCAUGAGCAUCGAUUUAUCAAACAAGAUUUUCGCAUGGAAUCUGAAGAAGUCUCAGAAGGACGGAUGGGUGGCUGAGGAGAUAUUAUUUCAAUCUCGCCUGGACUGUGCGAAGUCCAUCAUUCAAGUCUUACCGGGCGAGGCAGCCGGUAAAUUCAUCUUGUCGACCCGGGAAUCGGACCACCUCUGGAGCAUCGAUGGCCAGCAGGAGAGCGUGCGGACAUACUCAGACAGACAAGGGAUCCGGAAAUGGAUCCAGCACCAGCAAUCGCCUCUUCAUGUGAUCUGCAUCGAAGGUGCAUCCGCUCGCAUCUAUGCCUGGAGCGACUGGUCAGAAAUCGCAUUCGUGUCCCUCGCCACUGACAUGACGGGACUGCAGUUGAAGAGCGUCACCCCCUACAUAUCGGGCCAAAGACGACGGAUCCUUCUCGAGCUGUCCGAGCUCGAUGGCUCGGCAGAGACGCGCGGCCUGCACCUCCUCGACGCAGCGUCUUUCAGCAUCGAGAAUAAUCCCGGAAAGGAUGCCGUUUCCGAAGCAGCCAAUGUCGGGAAGGAUGCCGACACUAUGUUAAUUAGGGAGGAAGCCACAGCAGCAGCAGUCUCGAACCCGCUUCUUGGCCCACAGCUCGCCGCCCUCGCCCACUGCGUCGCUCACGUUAUUGGCCUCGAUGCUACCGGCAAGCUCGUCUUCCUCGACACCCGUUCAUGGGUCUGCUCCGUAGAUCUCGAGGGCCUUGGCAACAGCUCGGUAUUGUACUCAAGGCAUUUCUUCGUGCCGUACGACUGGUUCUCCGGGAUCAGGGAUGUCAUCUGUGCGGUGGCGCAGGGAGACAUCCUGUUUGCACGGAAUGACAACGUUGCGAUCGUCAAGGGCGGGCUGGAGUAUACGGAGAAGGUCAAUGCGGAGAUAGAGAGUGCAGAGACGUAGGAGACUAAGGGGUUGCUUGCAGUUCCGGCCGGUGGGUAGGCGGUUGUCAAUCAGACGGACUCCUCGACUAGAGUCACCGAUGAUUUUAAAUCGAGCGCAUACAGCUGUGUGGAUGAUUUGUAUACGGGUACUUCAACUCAUUGCAUCCUUCAGAAGAUGGCUAAUCUGGCGGAGAAUACUACAGCAUUUUCGAGACUGUUGAGUCUUACAUUAAUUCCAUUGGCCACGGCCACUCGAAGAAUAG